AUCAGUUACAGGCAAACACUUCGCCAUUUCAAAUGUGCAAAAGAAUUCUGUAAAUUAGGACUGGAGCAUUCUCCUGUAUUUCGAUUUUAUCUUGCUCUGUUAAGCUUGACGAGCUUAGCGUUUUCUCGGAGUUGCAAUAUCAAGUGCCAUUCCAUUCGCUGUUGACGGUUGUCAUUCUCUCGCAACCCCAUUUUCAAGUAGCCGCUGCGGUAGCCAAUGGUGGAGAAACAGUCAAAGCGCACGAUGAGUCGGCGUCCUCCGAGAUGACUAAGGAGUGGCCCAGUUUGGUGGAAGAGGCGUCAGCGCGCCACGGCGUCAACGUGAAAGUGGGAAUGUUGUCCUCUCCCAAGCCAGGGGGAGCAGCUUCAAAUGAGACGGAAAAUGCUUCACCCGCCGCAGAACAUGACGGAGUCUACGCAGAAUUUGGUGCUUACGCGGACGCAGAUCCUGGCGCUCCCAGCCGCCUUGUGUGCACAUCAGGCGUCCGUGCCACCUCGGAGAAGAUGCUGCCUCCGGACGGGAUUUGCGACCGGCUCUUCUACACGGACGUCGUAUGGCGCGAGAUGGCCGUUCGCGGCAGCCGCGAUCAACCGAGCUGGGAAGCCUUCCAGAGGGCCGCCAGGGCAGCCGCCAAGACCGGAUACGGUCUUUCCGUCGACUACGGGUGAGCACCUAUUUCACGCGCCGCCAGAGCAGCGUCUAGAAGACAAGGUGGCUCGAAAGGACUUCUAGUCGAAGUUUCUGUAGUUAACCCAGGUGAGAAAGGUUGCAAACGGCGUCUUUACA